ACGAAGGGCCAGUACGCCUCCAGCCGUCGUGCGGAUUGAACGCGACAACUCCGCACUCUUCGCGCGUCGCUAAUUUAACUCCGGCGAUCGAAUUACGACAAUCAGCGGAUAAUUUCGCGUGCGGCAUGAUUAUCCGAGGAUCAAGAACUCUCCACGCUGUAUCCCCGAGGAACAUGUGGGCGAGCGUGCGCGUGUGUUCAUAACGAAGCACCGCGACGUGUUCGACAACAAUCUAGCGCGACUUAGUUUCCGAUCGUACACCAGUGAACGGAUUCUUGAUAACGAGCAAGGAUAAUGAGCAACGACUAUUGAUGCUGUUAAGAUCGAUAUUGAGCAACGAGAAGAGCUACGUUUAAGACACCUUUGUGUUACACCUUCGGAGGUCUUUAGAAAUUCGAAAAAGGAAUGUUACGAUAAUUUUCAAUUUCUCCUAAAGGAAAGCUGAAUUUGUUGACGAUCUCGAAAGUAGUCACGAGAAAACGCAGGAGUUCUCUCGGGAGCAAUGCGAUAUUAAAACAACAAAGAAGAAACGAGAAGAGAUAAGAAUUAGUCGCAAGUUUCUUAAAGCUCUUCGUUGCUCUCUCAGUCUUGCUCCGAAAAGCAAAAAGUUCGAGUACAGUUUUAACGAGUACGUCAAGGCGUAACAUCGUCGGGAGAGACAUCGUGGCCAUGCAGGACGGGGCGGUGAAUCGAAGAGGAUCCCUCACGUCCAAUAGAUGAUUCGCUAACGAUGUCACCCUGAAGGCCAUUUGAGAAACGAAGAUGUGCUGCUCAAGUGGCCCAGGUGGUAUCAGGCUGACCAGAUGUGGCGUCGUCUGCGGCCUCGCCGCGCUGGCAGCCCUCGGCGUCGCUCUUUCGGGUCCAACCUGGUUACACACUGAAGAGAAGCUCGCCGUGCCGGACGUACCAAAAAAUUCUGCGAUUAGUGUGAAAUUCAAGCUGGGGCUCUUCAGAGUCUGUUCGAAGAUCGUGAAUCCCUCCAACGUAACGCUACCCUUUUCGUUACCGCCGCCUUGUAUUUACGUGAGGUACAGCAGCCUGGAGGACGUGAGGCCAAAGGAGUUGGGCUUCCCUCAAUUAGAAUUCACGCCCACGGUCGUCUCAAAAAUACGGAUCUCAGCGCCGUUUCAAGUGGUCGCCGCGGUCUUGAUCUUCGCCGCGACGGUGUCGGCUAUAAUUGGCCAUUGUUAUUCCGAUCAUAGGACUCUCGUAGCCUGCGGACUCUUCCUUUUGAGCGGUCUCUCCUUGGGCGGUGGUUUAAUAGUUCUGGCAUCAGCAUUGUCGGACGCAUCACUAGAGUUACCGGGGAAAUACAGUUUGCCAUCAACAGCUGGCAUGCAAAUGGACGAUAACAGUCUACCUCAGUAUCACUAUGGCUGGUGUCUACAGCUUUCGGGAUUAGCGCUGAUGCUCGCGGAAGUGGCGGCUGUUUUAACGAUGUCCGGUUACAUGGCGCGGUUCUCCACGGUCGAGGAGAUGGUGAGGGUGAUGGUCCCGGGCGCUGAGAGAAAACUGAGGGAACAGAGAGGAUUCAGCUCGGAGUAUCUCGUAAGGACGCAUCAGAAAUCACCGGGACCACCGCAGGCUCGACCUUUUGGUCAACCAACCAAAACGCCUCAAAAAAUAGCCGAAGAAGGAACUUCAUUGCUCUGCAAGUCGGCGCCCGACAUCUGCGCGUCGAAUCCACAGGCCAUCAGUUACGUCGAUAAGGCAGACCUGUCGCACGUCUUGCCAGUCUACCCGGAUGGCAAGAACAUCGAUCCGCGAUACAACAACUUCGAUAAAUCAGAGGGCAACGUCAUAGAUUCCCGGCUGAGUGGUUUUACCGAUAAGGAAGGCUUCAUCGAUCCCCGUAUUCUGGCCGAUUCUAGGCAAAAUAUGAUCGCCUUUACGGAAAACAAGGAACCUGACCAGGAGCAGCGAUACACCGAGUUCUCCGCAAGAAACACCGAUCAAAAUAUUGUAGAUUCAAGAUUGAGCGGUUUUGCUGACAAAGAAGGUCUUCUCGAUUCUAGAUUGAGCGGUUACGUUGACAAAAAUGAGUCCUUACUGGAUACUCCGUUCGGUUACGAUACCAGAUUCAACAGUCUCGCUGGACAGACUGUUCCGAUCACGCUGAAGAAUCAAAACACCUCGGUAUCAGCCAUUCAAUCGCAGUAUAUAUAUCAGAAUUUUGGAACGAUACACUCGGGCAUUCUUAAAGUAUCGGAACCAGGUACCAGCUCCAGUUCCAAUUCCAGUCAACGUAGUAUGACCCUGCAAAAUCCAAAACGAAAGUCACAGAUCGCUCAGAACACCUUCAGCACGCUGGAAUGUGAAAAGAGGAAGCGAGCGUCCGGAUUAACCGGUAAGGCAAGCUUUUAUACCGGAAGUGCUGUAUGACCACCACCCCCACCUCCGACCCCAAGGUAACUCCCAGAAGAGGACACCCCACUGUAGCCGGAACUCGGUACGACUUUCAAGUUGGGUUGGAGGAUAUUCAUUAGUGAUCACGUGUAAAAGGAAGAAAGUAAAACCCAUACAGCACGGUUCUUUAAGAGAUGUCCUGCAGACGGCCAAAGGACGAUCUAAAAGAGUUCGAAGGCUAUCUCUCGGACAAAGUAUGUUGCGUGGGAAAGGGAUUUUUUACCAGCUAAAGAUAAUUCUGCCAUAUUUAAUAAUAAUGCGCUUGCCGAUGUACGGUACAUAAGAAAACAUGCUUCUUGUCGAAUAUCGGCAUUGCAGUUUUCUACAAUGGCUCACUAAACUUGCCAAAAGAAUGCCAAAAUUACGAUUAUGCCAUGAUAAUAUAUUAAUUUAAAACAAUAUCAGAGUAGUUGGAUUCGUAGUAGAAUCAUCAAAAAUAAUAAUUUAUGAAGAAAAAGACGCAAACGUAAUUUUACGUAAUCUAUUGAUAACGUUGUGAGAAUCGCACUUCGUUAAAUAAAUUAAAUUAAAUGACAGAUGAAAAUGAUGAAUUAUUCAGAUUACUCGCUCAUCGUUUUACAUAAUGAAAAAGUAAUGUCUGUCAAUCGACGUUAAGACUUUAACUUUAACUGAACAUCGUAAUCGCGUUUCAGCUGCAUAACCAAUCAAACAAACAGCUGUAAGAUAAAAUAUUAUAUAGUCAAUAUGUUGUAACAUAAUUGGUGGUCGAUAUAUUCAAAAUAAGUCGGGCGCAACUUUCGUACUUCAGUUUACAAUAAAGAAACCACUGCCGAUUAAUCAAUGCGCAAUGAUUUUGAUAAAAAGUUUUCCUUAUUUCUUUUAUCGAUGUACACGCUCUAAUUGUAUCACUAAUCGAGGACAUAUCAGAAAUAAACGUUUUCGUGAUUGUGUUAUGAUUGCUGGGAGAUACCGUAAUUUUAUUUCAAUCUUUAUUGGUUUUGAAUUUCUUCUAUAUAUAUUUAAAAUGGAUUAUAGACGUUUCAUGCACCCGCAUAAAAAAUGAAUAAUAUUGUAUUGUAUACAAAACAUCAAUAUGCUGUAACGAUCGUAGUUGAGUGUAAUAAAAUAUUCUUUUUUUAAUAA